UUGGACAACCAAAAGAAAAAGACAUAGCAACCAUUCAGAGGAUAAUGGCAAGAACCUUGAGGUGUCUUAUUUCUACAAUCUUCCUUACUCUUCUCAUUAAAGGAUUCAAUGGAUGUUCCUUGAAUGACUUUACAAUUGGGACAACAAGAAGUGGAAAAGAAAUAGGGAACAUGCCAGAGUGGAACGUGGUUGUGAUAAACAAUUGUAAUUGCACACAAAGCCAUAUAACGUUGUCUUGUGUUGGGUUCAAAACACUUGAACCGGUUGACCCUUCAAUUCUUUCGGUCACAGAUAAUAAUAGUUGCCUCCUUAUUAAGGGCAAUCCCUUGCCUGGUCAUGGUACUGUUAAAUUCUCCUAUGUUUGGUAUCCUCCAUUUAUUAUGAGGCCUACAAGCUCUUCUACAGGACCUUGUUAGUAAUGUACUAUAUAUAUUUACAUUAUUAUUGAAUAAUAAAUAAUACAAGUGAUCCAAAUGGAAGGAAUCUUGAAUUUUCA